AUGUAUGUCGUCCGCUGGAACGGGGGGAAAGGCACGACUCCUCUACUUGCGACCGCGCCGCUGACGCCCUCGUCCCGGCGUCGCGUCAGCCGGCGCAAGAACACCCCCAACAGCGGUCUUACCAGCGACAGCUGUCCCAAAAAUGACAAGGCCGAAAUUUCGCAACAGCAGCAAACGGCCUGCGGCACCGACCGUGUACGAUCUGGGUCACAGCCCACGUCCCCCCAGGCAACGAGUAACACCCAGCCCAAGCCAUCACGUUCUUCCCCCAGGGAUCUUGAUGGCCGGGCUCGACGCCAGACGGCCUCAGCACCGUUUCCGCCUCCGCCGCGGCGGGAAAGUACUGCAACCCCUAACGCUACACCACUGCCAGCCGACGCUGUGGAGCCUGGCGGCGGCGUCAGGCGCUGUCGUGAAUCCAUAUCGGGGUCUCAGUACGGCAGCGGCGGCGGAGGCAGGGACGGCAGCGAUGGCGGCAACAAGUCAAGUGCUCGCCUGCCCGGCGGGAAGAACAGGGCCCGCAGCUAUGGCGACGGAGGCGCUGCCAGGCCAUGGCCCUCCUCCUUGUCGCCGCUGUCGCCGCCGCCGCUGCCAUCAGCAACACAGGCGCCGUCGGCACUAUGGCACCCCGGCAGAGGCCCCGGUCCCUCUCCGCCGUCGCCACCGCCGCCAGCAGCUCCCCCGGGCGACAUAAGGCCCCCUCCAGGCAGCGUUAUGUCGGGAUGGGGCCUAGCGGGGGCCCAGCCGCAGAUGAAUUCCGUGUACCGCCCGCCAAUGCCGCCGCCGCCGCCGCCGGGGCCCCCGCUGCAGCUCCAGGAGCACCACCUGCCGUACCAACGUCAAUGUCAACAUCACCACGACCACCAUCACCACCAAGAGCAGGACUGUGAUGAUCCGCAUCAGAAGCGGCAGCGGAAAGGGGCCGAAGACUCGCCCUGGGAAGGAAACCCUGGCCUUAUGCGGGCGCCGCCGCCACCGCCGCUGCCGUUGGCGCCGUUCGCAUCGGGCCACACUGCCGUUGACCGAGUCGUACGCAUCCGCCAGAUCCGAAUACGCCAGCGGCAGCAGCAGCAGAAGUGGAGUACGGGAGGUGAGGUUGGCGACGGCGCCAGUGGUCGUGAGUACGGUAAUUGCCAGACGAGUCCGCGGGAUGCUCGCCCGCCGACGGCUGGCUACGGAGUGCGUUCAGAUAGUGCUCAGGUAGCGGCGGCGCCGGUAGCGGCGCGUGAAGGCGUAUGGGCGGCUGACAGGGUGCCGACGGCGCUGCUGGGCGGAUGCGCCGGCGCCGUCUGGGGGAGUGCGUGGGACGAGCGUACGGCAGGCGGCGGCGGCGCUGGCUUGGGGGUCGAUCCGAACACCAGCCGGAUUGAGGUGACUUUGCUUGGACCACCGUCGUCGUCGUCGUCGCCGUCAUCGCCUGGCGAUACCGUUGCUGGCGGCGGCGGCGCUGGCGGCAGCGACGGGUACGGCAGCGGCGUCAGCAAUCUCUUGCGCGAGACGCUCAUCUCGGACUUGUCGCUUCUUAACCCCGUGUAUCGGAUGAUUAGAAAACAUGAGCUGCUGCUACACCAUCGCCCGCAACAACCGUCCAACAAGACCCAAGCUGCAGGUGCUAGCUCCGCAUCCUCCUUUUCGGCCGCCGCCGCCGCCGCCCCGGGAGCGAGAGCGGGAGGUGUAUCGGGGGCGGCGUCCUCGUCCGUGUCAUCUACCUUAACCUCGGCCGCGUCCUCAGCUGAGCCAUGGGCCGCGGAUGACUUCGCGGACGUAAUGCUCGGGGGCCUUAUCUUGCCGCACCUGCACCCGCACCACCCACCUGGCGCCUCGGAGCUGCAGUCCGGAUCCGGCUUUGACGCGAUAAAGGAAUCUGAAUCCAGAUUACGAUCCGAAGUUGCGGCUGGUGCCGCCAGGGGACAUAACAGCUGCAGUAGCAGUUAUUACACCUCUCGGCAUGUCGUCGAGACGGCGGAAGCGGAGGCGGAGAUGGAGAUGCCGGGAGGUGUUGCACAGCCACAAGGUCGGAAUUUGGUCUCGUCGCUCAUCCGGAAAAAGCAGCUGCAGAGCAAGAGGGCGUCGCAAGGAUUUGCUGCCGGUAGCGGCUUCGCCGGUGCUGACAGCGCACGUCCACCGCAGGGCGGCUAUGCCGCACUUGCCGCAGCAAAUGCCGGCGGCGACGGCGGCGGCAACGACAGCGUCUGGCAGCGGCGUUCGGCGCCCUUUUUCGAUUUGGGUUUUGGGGGUUUUGGAACGCAGCUGCUCAAGCACCCGGCAUCCACCUUGGCAGCCGCGUUGGAUCCGAUGGCGGGAAGCACUGGAUCGAGAUCCAAAUCCGAAUCCUGGCUCGAAUCCGGAUCCAGGCCGCCGGACUGGCUUCCGGAUCGACAAGGACGCGCCAUCUCUGCGAAGGACGGAGAGAGCGAAGGCGGAGGUGGUAAAGACGGUGAAGGCGGCGCUGCCGCCGCCUUGGCAGCAGCGGCGGCGGCGGCGGCGGCUCCGCUGUCCUCCUUAGUCAGUGACCAGCUGGCGAGCUCCAUGGUGGGCGAGCGGCCCCACAUGAACCACGUGUAUCGGCUGAUCCGAAAGAAGGAGCUACAGCUUCGUCAGCGAGGGGUGCUACUGCGUGCAGCACCGCCGGAGGCGGCGGAGCCGUCAGCCGGUGAAGCAGCGGCGGCCACGGCCACGUCUGCAGCGACCGAGAUUGGUAUCGACGGUCAGCCCGCGCCGCAACUGCCGCCAGGGCCGCCGCCGCCGGCAGCGGCUGUAGGGCCGCCAGCGCUGCUGCGCCCGUUUGAUCUCGUGGAUGAGCUGGAUGAGGAUCGUUUGCAGCCCAUGGUGUACGGCAGUAUGAGCGCUGGUGGCGCUGGCGUCAGUUCCCGCAGGGGCCUAACGAGGUACAGCAGCCGCCUUCUGAUGGGGAGAACGUACGGCGAGGAAUACGACGACGUGGACGAACAGUAUGGCAACGUCGGCGAUGAUGACGGUGCCUUUUGGUCUGCUGACGAGGGUUCUGUUGUCGAGCUGGACGAGCAGCAGGCAGCGGCGGUUUGCGGUGACGUCAGCUCAGGGAAGGCAGCGGCGGCGGCAGCGGUGGCGGAGAUAGAGGUGCUGGCCAAGCCAAUGGCGGCGGCACCGCAGCGUCGGCGGCGAAAGAAGGAUACGAAUGUUGCAGCAGCUGCGGGGGGGGCGGCGCAGGUGCAGAAGACUGAGCUACAGCCGGCAGCGGAGGCGGCACCUGCGGCAGGUACGGCAGCGAAGGACAGCAUGGGAGUACGACAUCACUCCAGCGGUGCGGCCGCAAGUGCCGUCCUCGUGACUUCGGCGGCAGCGACGCCAGCUGCGGAGCAGGAAUGUGCAACAGCGGGGCGGCAGGUUAAGGACUUGCGUCGCGGCCGUCCAAGCCGCCGCCGCGACGGCCAGGCCGCCGCCUUGCCCGGGGCCAUUGCGACCGCGACGGCGACUACAGAAGACACAGCCGCUGACGGCGCAACGGCCGGCGGCAGCACUCGGGGUAGCAGCUACAGCUACAGCUACAGCGGCGGCGGAAGCGGAAGCGGAAGCGGCCGGGGCAUCCGCCGGGUGUUGACCGUCAUCACGCCAAGGCAGCAUCGAAUGGAGGAGCUGAAGGCAAGCCUCAGAGCCAAGCUUUUGCAGUCAGCUGCCGCCGCCGCCGAAGCCGGUGCCGGAGGCGGAGGCAGAAGCGACCCCGCUGCCGCCGUGACUGCAGCCGCCGCCGCCGCCGCUGCCGCCGAUGAUGGGAACUCAGGUUCCUGCGAGAGUCCGUGUACUGCAAUCUCACAGUCAUCGCCACAGCGGUACGACACAUUCAGCGGCCGUACAUUGGCACCACGACCAUCGGGGAUGCGGACGACGCCGUUGCCGUCGCGUGAUGGUGGUGGUGCACCGCCGUUACUUGCGGUAUCCGUACAAUGUGGCGGUGCAGAUAUUGCUGACGCCGCUUCGACCACCAAUGCCACAACGGCGCUGACGGCGGUGGCGGUGGCGGCGGCAACUUCCCUGCAUGAUGACGCCGUAGCGGCGCCGCCACCGCCCUUUCCCCCUACCCCCAAGGACUCAGGCUCCGUGGCGGCUGCCAAUCAGGCAGAGACUGGGCUUGCCGCCACCACACGACAUGAUGCCGUACCUGUUGCCGUACAAGCCAGGGAAAACGAGCUGUCUCGCCACGGAGCCGCCGCGCUGCCGAUGGUGACGGCGCGGCCGCUGCCGUGGCAACAGGCUCGACGUGGCGUUGCCGCCGCCGCCGCCGCAACCGCAACCGCAACCGCUGUCGGCAGCGGCGAUGCUAGCAGGUCGGCCGGGAUUCCUCUGCCAUGUCGUACAGGCGCACCGCAUCGGCCGUCGGGCCUACUGCGUUUCCUCCAGGAGACCAGCCCAGGGCCAGACUGCGCCGAGACCAUGUACGACACCCAGGCCGCUGCCGCCACCUACGACGGUAUUGGCGACAGGCGCCAGCUUCGGGCUGCCGGCUGCAGCGACACCGCCGCCGCCACCGUCGGCGGUGUCGUACGUCCUCCGCGCCGGGGCCUGUUCAGCGGCAUUGCGCAACUGUGGGACGCGGUGGGACUGCGAGUGGGCCCUAUGCCGCCGCCGGCACGGCGGCUGGCCGCGGAUCCUGACACGGCGGCGGCGGGAGCGGCGGUUGUACGGAACUUAACACAGCUGGAGGAUUUGCUGCUCAAUCAGGGUGUAGAUGCAAACACUGCGCGCCGCCUGGCCGGCAGCUGGCUGGUGCAGUCCCGCGGGUGGCGGCCUGAAGACGUGGUGUCGCGACUGCGGGGCCUCCAGCGCGUGUUGGGAGUUGUGCACUCGGACAUCCUCCCCACGAAGGUGGGGCCAGCGGAGGACGAGCAGGAGGAGGAGUACGACGACGACGAUGGCGGCGGCGGCGGUAGCAUGGCGGGCCUGGCGGAGGCGGCUGCCGCUGCCGUUAAGCAGCCCAAUCUAUUGACCCGGGACCCGGCGAUGUUGGAAAUCAAUCUGAGGGCGCUGGCGUCCACCUUACGGAUGGAUAGACGUGGCGCGCAGCACCUGGCAAUCACCUGGCCUUCACUCCUAGAGCUCAGGCCCACGUCUCUAACUGAGAGGCUGACGGCCCUAGCUGCAGAGCUUACACACCCUACAUACCAGAAAAGUGAUAAAAUCUUGAGCUGGGGCUGCCAAGGUGGUUGUGACGGCGAAGGUCAUGUGGGCAGCAUGUCGGGGAGGUGUUGUGAAGGGGGGGAAGAUGUUUUGGGCGGCAGGGCGGUCCCCGAGGGCCGUUUUGCAGGCCGUGGCGUUGAUGAUUGGGUUGGUGCUGGAUUGGUGGCAGCGUCGGCGGCGCCGGUGGUGGCUGGCGAGGAGGUGUCCAUGGAGGAGGCGACGGAGGCAGGGGAUGGCAGCGGUGGCGUGGCUGCUGCUGCUGCUGCGGCGGCGGCGGCCGCGGCGGCUGAGUUUGUACGGCGGUAUCCUCCGGCGCUGGCUCUGACGCCGGCGGCGGUUGGCGAUCGAAUUCGUGCACUCUCGGAGGCCAUUGCUGCCACUCUACUGACGGAAAGACAGCAGCAGCAGCAGCAGCAGCGAGAGGAGGAGCAGCAGGAGGACAAGUUGGAGGAGGAGGAGGAGGAGGAGAAAAGUAAGGAGCAUGGGUUCCGAUACGCCCGGCAGCAGCAGCAAAUGCAUCAGGCGGUGGUGACCGCUGAACCGCCGCCGCCGUCACCACUGCUACAGCCAUCGCCACCGCCAUCACUCCUGCUACAGCCGGAGCCUUCCGAAGACCACAACCAUGCACGCGGCAGCAGUACCGCCGUAAGUGGGAUCACCCCACACGAGCUACAGCCGUGUUGCGAAAACACUAGCAGCCGCAGGAGCCGCAGUUGCAGCAGUAGCAGUAACGUCCAGGCAUCCCACGGAGGCGCCACGCCGUCCUCUGUCGGGUCUGCAAAAACCGCAAUGACCGCGGCCGUGGCGGCCACAGAAACGAAUGCCAUGUCCGCAGCUACAGCCCGCGCGUUGGAUCUGUUUUCGGGGCAUCCUGGGCUGUUGGGCUACAGCCCAGACGCGCUGGCGGCUCGGUGGCGUGCGCUGGACGCAGCCAUCGCGCGCGCGGAGGUGGAGUUAAUGCUGACGUCAACGCUGCCGCCGCCGGUGGCAAGAGCGCCGCCGGGGGAGCAGAGUCUUGACGCGACGCUGCGGACUCACGUCCUGGAUGAGGAUCCUGACAAUCUGGGUGUGAACCAAGACCGGCGGAGGGUUCCGGAGCGGUUACUAGAUCUGAGCCUUGGCGGGGGGAAUAGUGGAGAUCAUAACAAUGGUGGUGGUGAUGCUGGUAGGAGUGAUCGUGUCAGGAUCCAUGGGUCGCUGUCAUUGACGCUCCCCUGGCGGCAGCAGCUCCUGGAAGGGCCGCCGGCCGCGGUCGCACGCUGCCUGGCGGCAUCGGAGGCUCGGCUGCAGCGGUUGGUGUUUGUGGCGGCAGCAGCCGCUACUGGCGGCACUGCCGCCGCCACGCCGGCGCCGGCGCUGCUUUCCAUGCCGGCUACAGCUGAUAUGGGUACCGCUACGUGCAAGGCCCCUGCCGCUGCUGCUACAGCUUCAGCUGGCCAGGGAGCAGUCGGCAGUGUCGCUACGGGUUCUGCCGACAGCUUUACCCAUUCAGAGCUAGUAGCGGCAGCAGAAAACCCCAAGGUCGACGUGCCGGAGGGUGCCGCCGCGGCGGCGGCGGCGUUGGUCCAGGCCACGGUUUUAGAGGCAGGUUCAAACAAACUCCCAUCGUCUCUGUCCCUAUCCACAAUCUUGGCGAUGAGCGCUGUGCGUUUUGACGAGCGUUUCCCUGGUUUUAAAAUCUGGUUACAAAACCGGCAGCAGGAGCAGGAGGUGCAGCUUCAGGAAGAGCAGCAGCAACAGGGCUGGCGGCGGCGGCAGCUUCUUCUAUAG